CGGGCGGAAGGCAGCGGGGCGGCGGGGCCGGGCCUUGUUUCCGGGGGAGCGGCGGGGCUCAGCCAGCGUGUCCCGGCACCGGGACCGGCACCGGUGCCCUUACCGGGACCGGGACCUCCGGGGACCGCUAUGGGGCCGGGCCGCCGCAGGGCUGCGCUCCGCCUGCGCGGCGGCGGGUCCCUGGGGCUCCUGCCCGGCAAGGUGUCCGUCUUCCAGCUCUUCUUCGCCGCGCUGCUGCUGGGUUUCGCCUCCCUGCUCUGGCUGCAGCUCAGCUGCUCGGGCGAGGGGGCACCCCCCGGGAGAGGGGUCCCCCGCCGACCCUGCCCUCCCGAGCCCCGAGCCCCCCCGGUUACCGAUGACGACCCGUCCUGGGGUCCCCACCGCCUGGCCCUGCUCGUCCCUUUCCGCGAGCGCUUCGAGGAGCUGCUGGCCUUCGUGCCCUACAUGCACCGCUUCCUGAGCGAGAAGAGGAUCCGCCACCACAUCCUGGUGCUCAACCAGGUGGAUCACUUCAGGUUUAACAGAGCCUCCCUGAUCAACGUGGGCUUCCUGGAGAGUGGCAACGACACCGACUACAUCGCGAUGCACGACGUCGACCUCCUGCCCCUCAACGAGCAGCUGGAUUACGGCUACCCCGAGGCAGGGCCCUUCCACGUGGCGUCCCCGGAGCUGCACCCGCUGUACCACUAUAAAACCUACGUGGGUGGCAUCCUGCUGCUCACCAAGCAGCACUACGAGAUGUGCAACGGCAUGUCCAACCGCUUCUGGGGCUGGGGCCGGGAGGACGAUGAGUUUUACCGACGUAUUAAAGGAGCUGGUCUCCAGGUUCGCCGCCCCACUGGAAUCACGACUGGGUACGAGACCUUCCAGCACCUCCACGACCCAGCCUGGAGAAAGAGAGACCAGAAGCGCAUCGCUGCGCAGAAGCAGGAACAGUUUAAAGUGGACCGGGAGGGAGGCCUGAACAACGUGCGGUACCGAAUCGAGUCACGGACGGCUCUGAGCGUGGCAGGAGCCCCCUGCACCGUCCUGAAUAUCUUGCUGGACUGUGACACAAACGAGACCCCCUGGUGCACGUUUGGCUGAGCCCGUCCCCGUGCGCUGUGCUCGCGCCGAGGUGCCGGGGCUGCCGCCGAGCUGCUUGGAGCAGGCAGGAUUUGCGCAGCAGGCGAGCGUGGCGGUGCUGGCAAGACGCAGAGGAACAGGAAGGGCUGAGGACUUGUCUUUGCUGGGACCAGCAGAAGAGGCCAAGAGCAGGACUCCGUGGCACUGCUGCAAACGCCGGUGCUGCCUCCCAGGGCAGGUGCAGGAGGCGUUUUAUUCUGUGCUGGACGUGGCGGAGCUGCCACCCGGUUCAGAGGACAAUAAAGAACUGUCAGGGCAUCUGUCAGGGAAUGCCCUGCAACACGCA